AUGGCUUUCUCCAGACCAUCAUUGAGUUCUGUUCGGGCGCUCCGGGCGACGAGAAGCAGAGCCUCCGCUGUCCGACAGGCCUCUUCGCCCUCGUACUUCUCGACUAGCUUUCCUUUGAGAUCCUCUGCGUCCGGAGCGUCCUCCCAAAAUCGUGGCGCGUUAUGGAACCCUUACCUUCACAUGUCGCUCGGCGCCGUGUGCGUUGGCGCCUUGAUGUAUUCUCUGCAGACUGGGUCCAUGGCCGCAAAUGACUCUCCCCCGAUACAACCUGCAACACUGGCCGAGGUUGACGAGGUGACCAAGAGACGAACCAAAAUAACACGCAAGUCGCCUAUGCGACUGCGAAUGGAGGCUUUGAUCCAGGAACACCAAAACCGCAUCGUCUUCGCUCUGGAAAACAUUGAUGGAAAGAAGUUCCAGCGCGACGAGUGGACCAGACCACAUGGUGGAGGCGGAACCUCUUGCGUUUUGCAAGACGGUAACGUGUUCGAGAAGGCCGGCGUCAACACCAGCAUUGUCUACGGCGAGCUGCCUCGUCCGGCAAUAGAGAAGAUGCGCGCAGACCACAAGUCUUUCGUGGACUCGGACGUCGAAAAGUUGAACUUCUUUGCAGCUGGAAUCUCUCUCGUCCUCCACCCACACAACCCUAUGGCUCCUACGGUGCACCUGAACUACCGUUAUUUCGAAACGUCUGAUCCUCGAGACCCUGUCAACGCGACCGGCACGUCACAACAGAACUGGUGGUUUGGAGGCGGCAGUGAUCUGACACCAUGUUACCUGUUCGAGGAAGAUGCACAACACUUCCACAAGACCAUCAAGGCUGCUUGUGACAAGCACGACAAAGAUUACUACCCGAGAUUUAAAAAGUGGUGUGAUGAGUAUUUCAGAAUCCCACACCGAAAUGAGGCACGAGGUAUUGGCGGUAUAUUCUUUGAUGACUUGGAUGCCUCUGCGCAACCCACUUCUAAAAAUCCCCAGGAAGACCUCUUUCAGUUUGUUGUUAGCAGUCUGGAAUCGUUCUUGCCGGCAUACCUGCCCAUCAUCAAAAAGCGAAAAGACAUGCCCUACACCCCGGAGCAAAAGUUGUGGCAACAGAUACGACGGGGACGAUACGUCGAAUUUAAUCUCAUCAAUGACCGUGGAACGAGUUUUGGCCUACGUACUCCCGGCGCUCGGGUCGAAAGCAUCUUGAUGAGUCUGCCAUUAACCGCUCGCUGGGAAUACAUGCAUCCAGUCUGUGGCACCGGCGUCCCCGAAGACGCUGCUGACGAAACCGGUCAGGAUUAUGAGAAAGAAAAGGAGUUGAUGGAAGUCCUGAAACAUCCAAAGGAGUGGGUGUAG